CGCGCCGCCGCCUGGGAGGCCGGGCGAGGCCGCAGCAGAGGCGGAGGCCCGGCUCCCUGGGCGGCGCGCACCUCCCGCCCUCCGCCCUGCCAUUCACUGGCGACUUGGGCCCGUGGCCCCCAAAGUCCGUCCUCCCCGUUAGGCGGCGGGCGCCGGAGGGGAGGGGACAGCCCAGGGGGCAGGAAGCUCUAGCUUAAAAGGGCAGCCCUCGCCGGGCCCUUCCUCCCUCCCUUCGUCCCCGGGCCUCCCAGAGCGCCUCUGCUCCGCGGCCUCCGCCCCGCCGCCAUGUACCGCUGCCUGGGCGAAGCGCUGCUGCUGUCCCGCGCCGGGCCCGCCGCCCUGGGCUCCGCGGCGGCCGACUCGGCCGCGCUGCUGGGCCGGGCCCGCGGGCAGCCCGCCGCCGCCGCCGCCGCAGCCCCGCAGCCGGGGCUUGCGCCGACCGCCCGGCGACACUACAGCGAGGCGGCAGCCGACCGCGAGGACGACCCCAACUUCUUCAAGAUGGUGGAGGGCUUCUUCGACCGCGGCGCCAGCAUCGUGGAGGACAAGCUGGUGGAGGACCUCAAGACCCGGGAGAGCGAGGAGCAGAAGCGGAACCGGGUGCGCGGCAUCCUGCGGAUCAUCAAGCCCUGCAACCAUGUGCUGAGCUUGUCCUUCCCCAUCCGACGCGACGACGGCUCCUGGGAGGUCAUCGAAGGCUACCGAGCCCAGCACAGCCAGCACCGCACGCCGUGCAAGGGAGGUAUCCGUUACAGCACUGAUGUGAGUGUAGAUGAAGUGAAAGCCCUGGCUUCUCUGAUGACCUACAAGUGUGCUGUGGUUGAUGUGCCAUUUGGGGGUGCCAAGGCUGGUGUUAAGAUCAAUCCCAAGAACUAUACUGAUAAUGAAUUAGAAAAGAUCACAAGGAGGUUUACGAUGGAGCUGGCAAAGAAGGGCUUUAUUGGUCCUGGCAUCGAUGUGCCUGCCCCAGACAUGAGCACGGGCGAGCGGGAGAUGUCCUGGAUUGCUGAUACCUAUGCCAGCACCAUCGGGCACUAUGAUAUUAAUGCCCAUGCCUGUGUUACUGGUAAGCCCAUCAGUCAGGGUGGAAUCCAUGGACGGAUCUCUGCUACUGGCCGGGGAGUUUUCCAUGGAAUUGAAAACUUCAUCAAUGAAGCUUCUUACAUGAGUAUUUUAGGAAUGACACCAGGGUUUGGAGACAAAACGUUUGUUGUUCAGGGAUUUGGGAAUGUGGGCCUGCACUCUAUGAGAUAUUUACAUCGUUUCGGUGCUAAAUGUAUUGGUGUUGGUGAAUCUGAUGGGAGCAUAUGGAAUCCAGAUGGUAUUGACCCAAAGGAACUGGAAGACUUCAAAUUGCAACAUGGAUCAAUCCUGGGCUUCCCCAAGGCAAAACCCUAUGAAGGGAGCAUCUUGGAGGCUGACUGUGACAUACUGAUCCCUGCUGCCAGCGAGAAGCAGCUGACCAAGUCCAAUGCACCCAGAGUCAAAGCCAAGAUCAUUGCUGAGGGUGCCAAUGGGCCGACAACUCCAGAGGCUGAUAAGAUCUUCCUGGAGAGGAACAUUAUGGUGAUUCCAGAUCUCUACUUGAACGCCGGAGGAGUGACAGUAUCCUACUUUGAGUGGCUGAAGAAUCUAAAUCACGUCAGCUAUGGCCGUUUGACCUUCAAAUAUGAAAGGGAUUCUAACUACCACUUGCUCAUGUCUGUUCAAGAAAGUUUGGAAAGAAAAUUUGGAAAGCAUGGUGGAACUAUUCCUGUUGUGCCCACGGCAGAGUUCCAAGACAGGAUAUCGGGGGCAUCCGAGAAAGACAUCGUGCACUCUGGCUUAGCUUACACUAUGGAGCGUUCUGCCAGGCAAAUCAUGCGCACGGCUAUGAAGUAUAACCUGGGGUUAGACCUGAGAACGGCUGCCUAUGUCAACGCCAUUGAGAAAGUCUUCAAAGUAUACAAUGAAGCCGGUGUGACCUUCACCUAGAUGGAGUGUGGCUGACCUCUUCACUGCCCUCUUCCCUCUUCAUCUGCAGGCCCUUCACAAGUUUACAUGUAACCACAGGAAUCUGUCUCUCUCUCUCUCUCUUUCUCUCGACUUAAUAGAUAAUGGACAUCAUUCUCAACAAGUCAGUCCAAAUCAGGCCCUUUGAGAAAAAAGAAAUUAAGGUUAGGGGAUCAUGUACAAGCUGAUGAAUAUGAACAUAGAAAUUACCUAAGCCAGAGAGCGAUUUGGGUAUUUUGCCUUUAAAUGAAAAGUCCCUUCCAUCCGGCUAUACCGCCUUGCUCCGCGGCUGCUUCCCAGUACAGCCAGAGCUGUGGCCAGGAAAGCACCUGUCAUCCAAGAGCAGUCAGUUGCUUAUUACUUCAGCUCUGGACAAGUCUGAGACGUGCUGUAACUUUGACACAUCCAAGUAGCAGGUGUGUGGCAUUUUCAGAAGGUGGCAUGGUCCUCAAGUGAGUUACUGGUAUUUUUACAUCAGCAAAAUAACUCAAUUUUACAGAUUGCAACAAAAAUAAAAGCUAUUUCUCUUUAUGCAUUUUAUUCUUUUAGAAUAAAAUAAGUAUGUGCUGCUGUAAUAAAAUUGCCUUUAAUCACUUAAUAAGCCUAACCUUGACUCAAGCAGUGAAUGCCUAUAAACAUAAUAAAUGAAAAAGCUAGUAUUUUUAUAACAUAAACAGUAUCAUUUAUAGCUUAUCAAUCAUGUAUUGUCCAGCAAAAAUAAAAGGCCUGAUGGAGAAUUAAGUUAUCUUCAUAACUGCAAAUGAUGGAGGCUAUUUUUGUUAAGACUGUCAGAAUUCACUAACCACAAUUACGACAUAUAGUCCAAAGAGUGCAGUAACCUCCUUAUCAUGUUAAUUAAUUGUUCUCUGUUGAAGAUCUACUGUGUUGUCUAAUUGAACAAUAAUUCAAGUUGAGCGUCCCAGAAAAAAUACCACUUGGGCUCCCACUUUGGAGUCUUGCUGGCGACUCUGAGCCGUGCCAAUGGCCCCGACUCGCCCUGACUUUGUGUCCUCUGUUAGAGGCCUGUAUUCUGCACACAGCUUCAUUACCAGUGGGCUGAAAACAACCUUGGGUUGAGUGUUUUGUUUGGGGGUUAUUUCGCCAAGGCCUUUUGAACAGUAGUGUCCCAAUGAAGUACUAGAUAUUAUUUAUGUAAGAAUGAGCUUUUUUUUUUUUUAAACGACAAUAUCCUUUCAGAAAUUUCUAACUACUUUGUAACUGCAUGACUUAACCUGGUGAUAAAAGCAGUUAUUAAAAGUCUACCUUUUCCAAAGCUUA